AUGCCUAUGAUUCCGAUCAUCAACAAAAGUGUUGACCUGGCGGAGUUGUCCCACUCCAUCACGUCCCGAUACGACGCCCUUUACGAGUAUCUGCAAGAUGAAAAAUACCAACGCAAACUCGUGCUCGUCAUCGUCGCCAUCGCUUUACUCCUGGACAACAUGCUCUACAUGGUCAUAGUGCCGAUCAUUCCGCCAUACCUGGAAAAACUAGAAAGAGCCGAGCAGGACGCAGCGAGGAAACACAUCAUCACUAACGGAACAACUACCCCCAGGCCGGAUGACGAAGACAUGACCUACGAAGGCGAGGGGUCAGCAGUGGGGGUCUUGUUCGCAUCCAAAGCCGCUAUACAACUGCUGGUGGGUCCGUUCUCCGGGGCCAUCAUCGACAGGGUCGGUUAUGACAAACCCAUGAUGGUCGGGCUCACCAUCAUGUUCUUCUCCACUGCGUUGUUUGCUUGUGGGGAUUCCUACGGGAUGCUGUUCUUCGCGAGAAGCCUUCAGGGCGUGGGUUCCGCUUUUGCCGACACCGCUGGACUCGCCAUGAUUGCUGACAGGUUCACUGAGGAAAAUGAGCGACAGAAAGCCCUGGGAAUAGCGCUGGCCUUCAUCUCGUUCGGCUGCUUGGUGGCGCCGCCAUUCGGCGGCUCCUUAUACGGCUGGUUUGGCAAGGAAUUGCCAUUCUUAAUCCUCGCAUUCGUCUGCCUCAUCGACGGCCUGCUCCUCGUCUUCGUCAUGCGACCAGUGAAGGCAAAGCUGAAAGAAGCCGGCUACGAACGACCACCAGGGACACCAAUCUGGCGCCUGUUCAUGGACCCGCAGAUCCUGGUCUGCGCCGGCGCCCUCACAAUGGCCAACGUCAGCCUGGCCUUUCUAGAACCCACUAUCAGCAUGUGGAUGGAAAAAGAAAUGGGCGCCUCGAGUUGGGAAGUUGGCAUGAUUUGGCUCCCGGCUUUCAUACCACAUGUCCUAGGCGUGAUACUGACUGUCAAACUAGCGAACAAGUAUCCGCAUCGACAGUACAUUUAUGCUCUCAUCGGACUGGUCAUGGAAGGCGCGUCGUGUCUGUUCAUUCCACUUAUAGACACUUACUACGUGCUUAUACUACCAUUAUGUUCCAUCUGCUUCGGAGUGGCGUUGAUAGACACUGCUUUGCUGCCGACUUUGGGGUUCUUAGUAGAUCUGCGCUAUGUUUCGGUCUACGGGAGUAUUUACGCCAUAGCAGACAUUUCUUACUCUGUGGCCUACGCUUUCGGGCCGGUGAUCGCCGGCAGUGUCGUGGAGUCCAUCGGGUUCACAGCCCUUAAUCUCAUGAUCGCAUUCAGCAAUUUCCUGUAUGCUCCAGCUUUACUGAAACUGCGCCAUAUCUAUGAUUAUAAGCCGUUUGAAGAAGGCAACGUGCUUAUGUCUAAUGACCCGAACAACCCGCAGUACCAGUCGAUGGCAGAGGGCCCUAAGAUGCAGUUUUCGCAGCUGGAGCAGGGAGACAAUGCUAGCAGUGGUGGAGGCAUGGUGGAGCCUCCUCGUCCGCCUCCACCCGUGCCGCCGGGCCCGAGUAACCUGAACCGAACCCAUUUCGGGAACGUGAACGGACACGUGCGAUUCGAUGAGCGCGGACAGAUGGAACAGCAACCCGCGGCGCCGCAACCCGCCGGGCCGCCGUACGACAAUGCCCCGGUGCGGGGAGAGAACCCGUACAAUCCGUUCCGUCAAGGCGGCUUCGGAGGCGCCCAGUAAUAAAAACACAAAGAAAUACGUACCUCUGAGAGACUUACCGCCUCGUUGAAUGGACUGCGAUCCUCUGCCACCGACGAAGACAUGGAUUGAUUGCGUUCUUUUGCAAGAACAGAAAAGCUGCAUCGUGCCGAAAGUUUAUUUCGGUUUACCAUUCAACACGCGGCCAUUGUUUUUUUUUCUAUCUCGAUUUUCGCUUGAGUGUCUCGCAGGUAAGAGUUAGCUGUUUUGCUCGUGCAAUAUGCGUCAGGCCUUUGGCCCGAGUAUGAGAUCCACUCGUUUCGUUAGUGUUCAUCAAAAGGGCUCAGCUGGUUACAGUGCGAGGGACAUCCGAAAAAAUAUAAUUCUAAGGUAUAUGCUUCGUUUCAGAACAUGUUAUUCCUCAUAUAUAUAAUUCCUUCGAGGAUGUACUGUAAUUGUAAAAGACUGAAUCAAGCUUUCCGUGCUGUUGAAGGCGUUCCAAAGACGCGCGUCUCAGAAUGGCGUGCAGAAAACUGAACGCGCUUCAGAGACAACAGAUUCUUCAGUGGUAAUUUAGUUCGCUUUCUCUGAAUGAGACAUCUUUUGAAUGAAGUGACCAAGUUCUCAGAUAUGGAUUAAAUGUUACCGCAGCAUAUUUUGUGAUUUAAUGUUUUCACGUGCGCCGCUUCAGUUAUUAUAUCGAGGUGCUUGUUUUUAGAAGAAGCGCUUCAUUGGAUUAGCGAUUUGGGGGAUCUCAAAUAUGUAUGUUUACUGAACAUUUUUUUCGGAUUUCCCUCGUGUGACUUAGCCUGCUGCCCGAAUGAUGCCCCGGAAAUGGGGAUUAUUUUGAUCUCCUUGAGUAAACUGGCGGAAAGCCGGAGCUGUUCGUGUCAUAUCCCCACAGCCUAUUUAAGGCGCUGUGGCUCGAAGGCAAACAAAACGAAACGCUCCAACUUCUCACUGCUGUUUCGUUCCGGCGUGCAAUCGCGAACUGGAGUGCUGUUACUUGAGAAUGUGAUACAUUUGAUCGCGUCGACGAGGUUCGUGAAUAGUUGGCCCUGUGCGAGAGAUUUGUUUGCGCUGCACAAAUGCCUGGAAACUGCAGCUUUUCAGUCGUUUUUUUGUUUAUCUAUUUUAGUUGCAUCAAUCUCUGUAAAACCAACGAUUUGAAUCUCGCUAAGAGUUAUGCGGAACAACCCGAGAAAAGGAUAUUACCAUGGUUUAUUAAGGAAACGAGUUACUCUUAUUCGGUUUUGUUUUUGAAAGUUUUAGAUAUGUUUGUUGGAAUAUGUCCACAGCUCAGUAAUUGCCAAAAGCUGCGGAAGGUUUCGUAGAACCACUGGGUUGCAUUCAGCGAUAAUUGGCAUGGAACGAAUCGCUGCUGUUCCUUAACGCACAACCUUUUGAUGGGGUUCUAUACUGGUGUGACUUCGUUUUGUCAUAUGAGCAAGUGCUUUGUUCGUGGAUUGAAAGGGAGCAAUCCUGAAUGUUUGCUGGGCGUGGCUGCUUCUAGUUAGGGUUCGGAUUCCUAACGAGGUUAUCACCUCGAGUCUUCCAGUCUUAUUCCAUAGAUGAACUUCGCGGCUAUUUCAGAAGAAGAAUCACAUGGCGUAUCAAGUUUAAUAGAAGACUAUAAACUUCAUACAGAGAAUUAACAUCUUGUCGAGUUCGGAAUUUUGCAACCCGGUCGCCACUGGGCUCGAAGAAAUCUAUUUUCGUUGUUGAGCACAAAUUUACUGGGAAGUUCGCUUUUUUUAAAUCAGUUUAAUCGGUGUGAAUGAAAAACUGAAUAGUUUUUUCAGAAUUCAGUUUACUGCACGUUUGCAUGCAGCACAUUUUUUUCGGGGCUGAAGCUCGGAAUUUCAAGAAUACGGACAUAUCAUUAAAAAAAACUCGUCAGCAUUUGCCCAGAACAGGGGUUCCCGCAUCUGAAGGUCGAAACGUAUUCUCUCCCCAUUUUUAUAUACUUGCUCAAAUUUCAUGAGUAAUGUAUAAGAAUUCAGAUUCAAUUUCCCUUUCAAAUUAUACCAGUGGUUUCCUGUGACGUCUUCGACUUCAGAUGAAUCGAUUUUUCUUCAAGAUGCCUUAAUUUUCGAAAAUUUAACUUUAAAAACUUCCCUUGGGAUUUUUGGUUGCGUUGUUAACCCUUAUUGUUUGAUCCAGGGUUGCAUCAUAUUGUUUUCCCCUUUUUUGCUGCUUUGGUCUCCUACUUUUCUUGCUAAUUGCUAUUUUAUUCCGAACCACGAAACUGUAUCGCAAUUUAUGCAAGGAACACACAGCUUCCGGAAUUUUUUGAAACCUUCAGGUGCGACCCAUUAAGAAAAAGUAUAUCAAUAUGAUUUUGAAACGCCCAAGAUAUUUUUGAGAGCGUGGGGGGUUUGAUAGUGUGACUGAGUUUGUACUGAGCGUAUGGUAUCAGGCGAAACGUCGCAGGUUUCCGCAAGGAAACCCACAAGAAAAAUUCGAGCGCAAAUCGUAACAAAGUUAAAAGCGCCCAUCGUCCGGAACCGAGUACGGACAAGGAUCUCACUCUCGUCUUUCAAAUUCUCAUGCGUUCCGCAGUUUGAGGAAAUUUGUCCCGGGGGGAUCCAACGUGGGAUCCCCGGCUGAGAGGACCGCGUUGGAAGAAAAAAAACCCCCGACAUGAGGAUACCGUGGAUUUUUUUAUUGAUGCACCGGUAUCUAUUUUUUAAUGAUCCUUCAAGCUUUAGUUUCUUGAGGCAGCGGAUGGAGGAGGAAAUUAUCCCGAUGGCGACCAGGUUGCAAUGAUCAGACAGGCAGAAAGUGGAGGCAUCGUGCGCUUAUUCUCCAAGCGAAAAUAUACACAGUCCGAAUGUGUGUUUCGAGUCUUUUUGCAAGGAGAUUUACUAGAAGCGCGGGUUGAAUUAAAACCUUGCGCCAGGGGUUUCAAAUGAAUGCGUUUUCAGUCUCUGAAGCGGAACUUGCUGCACUGACGCGUCAGCCCUGACUUAUUUAAAUUCUGAAAAAGAAAUUCAAACCAGUUCGAUAUAGUUUUCAUUGCAUGUCAGUUGCUUUGAAAAAAUUAUUAUCAACUGUGUUUCGUGUGCUGUUGGGCUGACUCAGAAGUGCAGCCGUUGAUUCAAGUGACUCAUGGCAUAAAUAUUUAGUGGCUUGAUCCACACGCGCGGUUUCCUCGACACUUGUUGGCGACAUUCACCAGGAAGCAAAUGGAGCAUCGUUCUUGAUACAGCGGCUUAUUGGCAGUUAGAUUUAUUUGGCGAGAGUACGUGAAGUUUGAGGGAGACAAUGGGGCCGUUUUGCUUUCCGCGCUUCGUAAACUGAUUUCUUGGUUAUUUGUCUUUCGGUGGCAUUUUCAUUGAUUGUAGUGACAGAAGUAAGUUUUUUUUUCUAGUCACUGAUUUCUGUAAAGCGGAACGUACCUUUGCGAGAGGAGGUUUUCCUUUUUUGUUUGCUUAUUGCGUCUGUACCUGCCCCAUGUGUCGUCCCUGUGAUGUGUUUGGAAGAAGGGAAACUUUUAUAGAUGUACUGUUGUUUUGAUGUCGGACAGUCAUCGGGAAUGGCGAAAUAUAUAUUAAAAAGACUGAAAUCGUAUACGAGAAA